AUGCCGACCCCCGUAGCGCAGAUUGAGGACGAGUAUAUAGGAGACUCUAGUACGCUCGAGCGUAACACACAUGGUAUCAGGAUACCAAGUUCGAAUCCACCAGGCUUACAACCAGACCUCGAUGUUUUUUCCCAUGGGAAUUCCGCAGAGCCCACGGGAUAUUUAACCGAUGCUUAUUCUGCCAACAGACUGGGGCCAGCAUCAUUUUCCGCGCGGUUCAGACACACAGGCGGGGUCAACAGUAUUGAUAGUUUUGCUCGGUCGUGGCAACGAGCUGCAGGGUUCCCAGAAAUAAUCCCUCGCCGGCCUUCGUUUGUGACGGUUGAAUCCGACGAAGAUUGGACCGUGAAUGACACUGCUGCGUCCCGACCGCUCGGCCGAGGCACUGAUAUUACCCGGCCAUUGCUUGCUGCCGACGGUGAGGAAGAGGGUCAUGACCUCGAUGGCCAAAUUCCGCCAAAAGGAAUAGCAGGAGUUUUCGAAUCAUCGUUGGAUAGAAGCGCCGGAACGUCAUACGGCACCAUAUCCUCUCGCGUUAGCGAAGCGACACGGAGACACGCUGUACAACUCCACAGGGAGCAACAAACCCGCCUUGAUGCACCUGCGAGUGAGGAUACUGAAUCUCUACUCGUCAAACAGGUACACCAUGAAGAUGGUACUCUUGAGAGUAUUGUUGUUGGCCAGUCGACCGUGCCGCAAACUAUCUUCAACUCCGUGAAUGUUCUAAUCGGCAUUGGACUCUUGAGCCUACCGCUGGCAAUGAAGCAGGCAGGCUGGCUUCUUGGUCUAACAUUUCUUUCAUUCGCUGCCGUGGUGACUUCUUACACAGCUAGGAUCCUUGCUAGAUGCUUAGAUGUUGAUCGGAGUCUCGUUACCUACGCUGAUUUGGCCUACAUAAGCUUUGGAAAUCAUGCACGCUUAGCGACAAGUCUCUCAUUCUGUUUGGAACUCAUAGGGGCUUGUGUCGCCCUAGUUGUACUUUUUGCUGACAGCCUCCAGGCUCUAAUUCCAGGGCUGAGUAGUCUGCAGUGGAAACUUAUUUGUGGUUUUAUGCUUAUUCCUUUGAAUUUUGUGCCUUUACGACUUCUUAGUGUGACUAGUAUUUUGGGUAUCAUCUCUUGCACAUCCAUUAUUAUACUAAUAUGCCUUGAUGGGCUCCUCAAACCCAACGGCCCGGGCUCUCUCCACGAACCAGCCAAAACUUCUUUAUUCCCAAACAAUUGGCGGACCGUGCCUCUUAGCUUCGGGCUGAUCAUGUCACCUUGGGGCGGCCAUGGCGUGUUUCCCAAUAUAUAUAGGGAUAUGAGGCACCCAAGCAAGUAUGGAAAGAGCCUGUGGGCUACAUAUCUCUUUACGUACUCUCUGGAUUGCGCAAUGGCUAUUGUGGGAUGGGUAAUGUUUGGUGAUGGAGUACGUGAUGAAAUCACCGCCAACAUCCUGCUGACGAAUGAAUAUCCACGCGGGAUAUCUAUUUGCAUUAUAAUCUUUAUCGCAAUCAUUCCAAUUACAAAAGUGCCUCUGAACUGUCGACCUCUGGUGGCUACAGUUGAAGUCCUUUGUGGGCUUGGGCCGCACGUCACCUUAGUAUCAGAAAAUUCCAACAGUAUACGAGUAACCAUUCGACAGUCAUUGCAAACUAUUAUACGGCUUCUUGUGGUCGCAGUUAUCGUGUUGAUGGCAAUCCUCUGCCCAUCCUUUGACCGAAUCAUGGCGCUAAUGGGCUCUGCCUUAUGCUUUACGAUCUGCAUCAUUCUGCCACUUGCAUUUUAUCUGAAAAUAUUCGGACAAGAGAUAAGUCGGAAAGAGUGGUUCCUGGACUGGCUUCUUUUACUCAUAUCAACAGUAUUGGCAAUUGUUGGAACCGCGUGGGCGUUCUUGCCAGAGAAUAUGAUUUCUGUAUAG